AUGCAUUUUCAGGCCCUGGCUGACAUUGAUGUCAAAAAUGUUAACAUGUUGCGACCGGAGAUGUUCAGCAAUUAUUUGAUGGGCCACGGCGACGGGGCUUAUGGGCUGCCGUCAGCUUCGGGUGAAGCUUUCGAAACGGCGUCAUUAUUGCCCGUGUCUUCGCAUGAGCCGCCGGAUAGUAUGGUGAAUUUGCAGCAAGUGAUGGCGAUGCACAACUCGUACCCAGCCCCAUUCCCACAAUAUCCGAUGCCCCAUCCAUUCCCGGCCGGCGUCGUCAACCCAACACCCACCCUCCCUCGAUACCCCCUCACUGCCCCAACAUCAGAAGUGGAGACCGACCCGAGGGAAUUGGAACGUUUUGCUGAGCAUUUUAAGCAACGCCGAAUUAAGCUUGGUGUGACACAGGCUGAUGUUGGAAAGGCUCUUGCUCACCUAAAAAUGCCGGGAGUCGGAAGUUUGUCUCAAUCUACGAUUUGCCGAUUUGAGUCGCUGACUUUGUCGCAUAAUAAUAUGGUUGCGUUGAAGCCAAUAUUGCAUUCAUGGCUGGAGAAGGCAGAAGAGGCUAUGAAAGGAAAAGACGCAACGGGAGAACUUUCCGGAAUUCUGCCUAAUACGGACAAGAAGCGGAAACGGACCUCGAUUGCGGCGCCGGAAAAGCGAUUAUUAGAGGAUUUCUUUAGACAACAACCUCGACCUUCUGGUGAACGUAUAGCUGCCAUCGCCGAUAAGCUCGACCUCAAGAAAAAUGUCGUCCGAAACCUGGAUCAGACGUUCCACACUAGUGCUCUGCACGUC